AUACUUUUGUCUUGAUCUGUUUUAUGAACUAGAAAAGGUACUUGGUUAAGAAUUGUACUUUCAGUUUUCUCUUUCUGGAAGCAAAGGCAAGAGAAAACUAUUCAUGAUUCUCAUAUUCUGGACUCAAAUUCACACCUAACUUGUCCUCUCAUCAAUCUGCAAAAAUCACAGGCUUGAAAUAAAAGGUGCUUGGUAUAAAUAAAGCUUAUAGCACAUAUAAAAAUAGGAGAAAAGAGUUCAAUCUAGUUUAAGUAAUGAUAAAAUAAGUGUCUGCAGAGGUUUAACAAGACAGUCAUACACAAGCAGAGAUCAUCAAUUCUUGACAAAAAUAUUCAGAGGAUCAGUCUUAACUGCAAGACUCUACUUAGACACAGAUAACCUCCAGAACAUGUCCAGAUUUGGCAAUUUUACUGAAGUACUCAGAUAACGUAAUACAUCUUUAAACAUUUAAACAUUUCCUUCUUUCAUCUAUCUGUGAUAUAAAGCAGCUCCCACCCACUUGACAUUAUAGACUAAGUGAUUCAGAUCUAUUGGCUCUUGGUUGUGGAAAAAUCUGCCUGGAGGUCAGUCAUGGUUCAUGCCACAAGCAGCCAUCCUUUUUUUGCUCUGCUUAACUUCAGCUGGCAUUUUUAAAUGGGCACAUGUAUCCUUACUUUCAGCUGUGUUUGAUUAAAGAUCUGCAUGGAGUGUUAUGCCAAGUGUAAGGACCUCUGUGUGGUCUGUGCAUGUGGGAGCCUGUCUGUGAAAGUUAGCUGGCCCCUGCUGUGUCCAAGCACAAAGUAAAGGGGGUGACUGCGAUUCAAAGGCCAGAACUGAGAGAGAGCCUACAGAAGGCCAUUGCUGCCACUCUGGUGGUAUCGCUGUAUGAGCACCUUCCUGCUUGCUGGAAGAGAAGCAAAUUGAUCCAGCCCAGAAACUGCUUUAGUAGUCUCAGAGAAGGUCUGCUGUGUCCCUGAAUGUCUUCUCUGAAACUGGAGGAGGCUUCUACCUGCCCCCCAUUUCCUGUACACAACAAUCAGACUUUAGUAAUUGGGACUUUUCUGAUUUACAAACCCACAUGAGACUUUUUGGAUUCAUUAUGCAUGAACCAAAGUGUAUCUGGGGAUGAAUAAUGUUCCCUCUUUUUUUAUUUGCACUGAAUAGUUUGGGGGCUGGGGGUUUUGAUUCCUUAGGUAUUUUAACAGAAAUGCAUUUUUCCUUUUGACAACUCUCAGAAAUAUGCUCCUUUAAGAACGUCCUACAUGAUCACGUGGAGAACCCCAACAGAAUGACCAGCAGUCACACAGACUGUCAUUACUGCCUGCAGUCUCUUCGUGGAAGGAAAUAUGCAUUGAGAAAUGAAAACGCUUAUUGUGUUGCAUGUUAUGACAGCCUGUAUGCCAACCCCUGUGAAGAGUGCAAGCAACCUAUUGAGUGCAAUUCCAAGGAUCUGGCCUACAAAGGCCGCCACUGGCAUGAAAGGUGCUUCAUGUGUGCCAAGUGCAGUCGCUCACUGGUGGAGAAACCGUUUGCUGCCAAGGACGAGGUCUUGCUGUGUACGGAAUGCUACUCUGAUGAGUAUUCAUCUAAGUGUUUCCAUUGCCAGAAGACUAUUAUGCCUGGUUCUCGUAAAAUGGAAUUUAAGGGGAGUUCCUGGCAUGAAUCCUGUUUCGUUUGCCAAUAUUGUCAGCAACCAUUGGGAACAAAACCAUUAAUCACCAAAGAUAAUGAGAAUUACUGCGUGCCCUGCUUUGAGAAGCAAUUUGCCCACCAUUGUUACUCUUGCAAAAAGGUAAUAACUUCUGGAGGCGUGACCUACCAUGACCAGCCUUGGCAUGAAGAAUGUUUUGUUUGUGCUGGGUGUAAAACCCAGCUGUAUGGACAAAGGUUUAUUUCCAAAGAUGAGUACCCAUACUGUGUGGACUGUUUCAGCAAAUUGUAUGCUAAGAAGUGUGCUGCUUGCAAGAAACCUAUUACAGCUCUUGGAAGUGCCAAAUACAUCUCAUUUGAAGAGCGACAGUGGCAUGGGGAAUGCUUUAACUGUGCAAAAUGCUCUGUCUCACUGGUGAACAGGGAAUUCCUCACUCGACAGGAUGACAUCCUUUGCUGUGAAUGUGCCUCUGCUUCGUAGUUCUGUGGAAAGUUGUACAGCUGCAUUAUUCUCACUCUGUAACAACACAGUUCAUUACUCUGCUGUAAGAAAACCAUAUAAAAGUUAUAACAGUUAUUUAGUCACUCAAGUAACUUUUCCUCAGCGGUUUAGUUCUAUCAUAUCUAUAAUUGCUUAUAAAAAAAUUUAAACAGCCCCAUACUGGUUAAGAAAAUGAUGCAGAAAAGAUUCAUAUAUAUUUUGAAUCUAACUACAGUAUGUUUUCCUUGUAACACACUGCACUCUGCUGUUAGAAGCUUAAAAAUUUACUUUUCAUCUCCCAUGCAACCAAGGAGGAUUCUGAAAAGUCUGUAUGGUAUAUGAAUAUUGAUGAGGCAUUAACAUUGUUUUACAGAUGCAGACCUGGGCAUGGAGAGCUAGGCAUGCACAUUUUUCUAUUGGAUCAUAAAAUUGAUGAGAACAACUCAUAAAUAAUUUAUUCAUCCACACUUUAGGCCAAAAAGAUGUUGACAAAGCAGGCAGAAACUGUGAGGAGGAGGUGCUUCCACACAGCGGGCCACUGAGUCAGAGAUGCCCCUUCCGGGGCUAGAUAAAGGGGAAAAAAGGUCACUUUCCUCCCCUUACUGGGAUUGCAAUUGCUCCUCAAAAACAUAGUCUUCAGGCAUCCAAAACAGUACAACACAAAUCCUUUCCCAAAAUUGGGUAACUGUGCUUAAUUUUUCAGACAGAGUUGCUCUAGAACAUAAAUAAACUCGUAUUUUGA